CCCCUCUAGUUCUCUCCAGAUAAUUUUUCAAACAAAGGUCGCUGAAUAAAAUUAGCCAUGGCAGACUUGGCAGUUGUUUUGUUGCUGUUUUUAAGGUUAUUUUCAAAUUCAAAAGCUGAUGGAGAUUUCGAUGUUCGUCGACAUCUCUCUACUGUAACCAGAUAUGGUGCCGUGAAAGAUAUUGUUGACGAUUUGUUUAUACCGUCUGACAUCCCUAAUGGAUGUACUCCUAUACACUUAAAUCUCGUGGCAAGGCAUGGAACACGUUCUCCUACUAAGAAGCGGAUGAGAGAGUUGGAAAAUUUGGCUUCUCAUAUAAAGGAAAUUAUAAAAAAUGCCAAAGAGAGGAAUUUGUCCUUACAAAAGGUCCCUGCAUGGUUUCAUAAAUGGGAGUCUCCUUGGAAAGGAAAACUGAAAGGUGGAGAGUUGGAUAUCAAAGGAGAAGAGGAAAUGUAUCAGCUUGGCAUCAGUGUUAGGGAAAGAUUUCCUGAUUUAUUUAAUGAGGAGUACCAACCUGAUGUGUAUCCCAUUAAGACUACUCAAGUUCCUCGGGCUUCUGCAAGUGCAGUCGCAUUUGGCAUGGGGUUAUUUAGUGGCAAAGGAAGUCUAGGUCCAGGUCGUCAACGAGCUUUUGCUGUUACAAGUGAAAGUCGAGCAAGUGACACAGUCCUAAGGUUUUUUGAUUGUUGUCAAACCUACAAGAAUGUUAGGAAAAAACAAGAGCCUGCUUUUGAUAAGCUGAAAGAACCUAUCCUUACUGAGAUUACCUCUUCACUACUCAAGCGGUAUGAGUUCAAUUUUACAAGACAAGAUAUAUCCUCUCUCUGGUUUCUGUGUAAACAGGAAGCAUCCUUGUUGGAUAUGACCGAUCAAGCUUGCAGUCUUUUCAGUCCCGCUGAGGUUGCUUUGCUGGAGUGGAUGGAUGAUUUACAAAUGUUCAUAGUUAAGGGUUACGGUAAAUCAUUAAAUUAUAGAAUGGGAGUGCCCUUGCUUAAGGAUGUUGUGCAAUCCAUGGACGAAGCUAUCAACGCUAAAGAAGGUAACCAAGUACCUGGCAGUUAUGAGAAGGCAAGACUUCGUUUUGCACACGCAGAAACUGUGGUUCCUUUUACAUGCUUGCUCGGGCUUUUCCUCGAAGGAUCUGAUUUCGAAAGGAUACAAAAGGAGGAACCUUUGGAUUUCCCUCUUAAGCCUCCCCAAAAGAGAAAGUGGAGAGGCAGCACUGUGGCACCUUUCGCUGGGAACAAUAUGCUGGUCUUAUAUAACUGUCCGGCUAAUUCUUCAAGCAAAUACUUUGUGCAUGUUCUACACAACGAGCAUCCCAUCCCGAUGCCCGGUUGUGGCGGCACCGACUUCUGUCCAUUUCAAGUUUUCAAGGAUAAAAUUGUCCAACCCCAUUUAAAGCACGACUACGAUACCCUUUGCAAUGCCAAUCUCGACCAGCCUCAGCCAAAGCCUGAAACCGGUAAGUUAUCGCAACUGUUCCGUUGGCUAUUCGGGUGGGGAAACGAUGAUACAUCGUGCCACAGAGUCGAACUGUAGACUUGCUUCUCAUGAA